AACUCGAUUCACGUCACCGUCGCCGGUAUGGUGGGUACCUGGUGGUUUGAACCGGAAGACGCUUCCUGCUGCUGCUCGCCUUCCGUCAAUAAUAGCUUUUUGCGCACCAUCACGACCUCGUUUGGUUCCAUUUGCUUCGGUUCUUUGAUCGUGGCCGUCAUUCGGGCGUUGCAAAUGCUCGCCAACGCCGCCCGGGCCAACGACGACGGAAAUUUUCUGGUCUGCAUUGCCGAGUGCAUCCUAUCCUGCCUGGCGUCCAUUGUCGAAUACUUUAACAAGUGGGCCUUUAUCUACGUUGGCCUUUACGGGUAUGGAUACAUGGAAGCCGGCAAGAACGUCUUUACACUCUUCCGGAACCGUGGUUGGGAAGCCGUUAUUGCGGACGAUCUCAUCAACAAUACGCUCUUUUUAAUUUCCGUUAUUAUGGGUGGGAUCAUGGGCAGUAUCGCGUUGAUCAUUUCGCUCGUUUCCGAUCUUUUUGAGGACGCCGGUGGCAACGAAAAGGGCAUUGCCUUUGCGUUGGGCUUUGUGAUUGGUUUAGUCAUGACGAGUAUCGCCAUGAGCACCAUUGCGUCGGCCGUGAACGCGAUAAUUGUGCUCUUUGCCGAAGCGCCGGCCGAAUUUCAGCAA